CCUUUUAGUCUUGGUAUUGUCCAUUUAUUUGUGCUUGAAGGGGAUUGUAAUGAUGUUAAGGUCUGGAAACAGUAUGAAAAACUUGAGAAGAUUGGCCAGGGAUCUUAUGGAAAAGUGUACAAGGGUCGUGAUAAAGAGACCAAUGAAAUUGUUGCUCUGAAGAAAGUCCUGCUACAGAGACCAGACCAAGGUUUUCCUAGCACAUCAAUCAGAGAGAUUUCUAUCUUGAAAGAGAUGGAGCAUGCAAACAUCGUAAGGUUGCAGGACGUUGUGUAUACUGAGGGAAAGAGUUUGUAUCUUGUAUUUGAAUACCUGGACUUGGAUCUGAUGAAAUACAUUGAGACUCGUCCAGAAUUCUCAACAGAUCCUCGUCUAGUUAAAACGUUUCUGCAUCAAAUACUACGUGGCGUUGUUUAUUGUCAUUCUCACAGGAUCCUUCAUCGAGAUUUGAAGCCUCAAAACCUACUGAUUAAUCGUAGCACUAAUACAGUCAAGCUAGCAGACUUUGGAUUGGCCAGAGCAUUCAACAUUCCUGUCUGGACAGUUACGCCCAAGACGAUGACUCCAUGGUACAGGGCCCCAGAAUUACUACUUGGCUCACAGCAGUAUUCUACUCCUGUUGAUGUUUGGUCAGUCGGUUGUAUAUUUGCUGAGAUGGUGAACCGCAAGCCCUUGUUUCCUGGAAUGUCAGAGAUUGAUAUAAUCUUCAAGGUUUUCAGAGUUUUGGGAACCCCUGAUGAAGAUACAUGGCCAGGAGUUGCGUCUCUGUCUGAUUUUAAUACUACCUUUCCAAAAUGGCCUCCUAAGGACCUGGCAACUGAGGUUCCAAAUCUCGAUGCAGCUGGUCUAGACCUCCUUGGUAAAAUGCUGUGCUUGGAUCCCAGAAAAAGAAUCACCGCUAAAAGUGCUCUUGAGCAUGAGUAUUUCAAGGAUAUUGAACCCAUUCCUUGAUUCAGUUCCCAGAGCAAACGUAUAUAGCCUUUUAUGCUUCUGGGACGAGGGAGAAUAACACGACAAUGAUGCUGGUGAGUCAUUUCAGUAACACCUAUAGGCUAUAACUAGUCUUCCAUGUCCCUUUCGCAGAUGUCC